AUGGCGACGCAGGCUGAAGUCGGUGUUGCCGACUUUGUUCUCUUGGACAAUUUGACGACGGAUAAAUUCGUCGAGAAUUUGCAUUUGAGAUUUCAACAUAACAAAAUUUACACGUACAUCGGCGAAGUAUUGGUAUCUGUCAAUCCCUACAAGACCCUGGACAUCUAUGGGCCGAAGCACAUGGCGCAGUACAGGGGCAGAGAGAUGUUCGAGGUGCCACCACACGUGUACGCUGUCGCCGAUGCGUGCCAGAGGGUGCUUAGGCAACAGGGCAGGGACACAUGUGUGUUAAUAUCAGGAGAAUCUGGUUCAGGCAAGACAGAAGCCUCGAAGUUAAUCAUGAAGUAUAUCGCCGCCAAUACCACGCAAGUUCACAGGGAAUAUAUUGAUAGGGUAAAAAACGUGUUAAUCCAAUCAAACUCGAUUCUCGAAACGUUUGGUAACGCCAAAACGAAUCGCAACGACAACUCGUCACGGUUCGGCAAGUACAUGGACAUUCACUUCGACUACAAGGGUGAUCCGGUCGGAGGACACAUCAGCAACUAUCUACUUGAGAAGAGUAGAGUAGUCAGUUUACAGCCAGGGGAACGCAAUUUCCAUGCUUUUUAUCAGUUACUAAGCACAAGUAAUCCAGUAGCAAAGAAGUUCGGCCUGUCAACAAGUGCAACGUAUAAAAUUCUGGGCAGCGAGCGGGCGACAGCGCAAGAUUCAAAACUUCAUUCGGUUACCAACAGCGCGUUCAGCUCAUUGGGCUUCCCGCAGAAUAUUGUGGACGACAUUUGGAGUAUAGUCGCAGGUGUUAUUUUAUUGGGAGAACUAACCUUCUCAGAAGGUCAAAAUGGCCUUCAAAUCGGCGGACCUCUAAAACAAUGCGUCGCAGCGCUUGGCGUGUCAGAUGCUGCGUUACAGUCGGCUAUGGCCGGCAGAGUGUUAUCAGCUGGUGGGGAUUUAGUCAGCAAAGAACAUUCGCUCAUUGACGCCAAUUACACGAAGCUGGCGUUAGCCAAGGCUGCUUAUGACAGACUGUUCACCUGGAUCGUGCAACAGAUAAACAAAGCAAUAGACGUACCCAGCGACACAUACAAGAACACCCUAAUCGGCGUGCUGGAUAUCUAUGGCUUCGAGAUCUUCGAAACGAACAGCUUCGAACAGUUCUGCAUCAACUACUGCAACGAGAAGCUACAACAGCUGUUCAUCGGUGAGUUGAUUAGCUUGCAUACCAAAAGACAAGCUGUAAAUCGAAGCAGCUGGUACCUAAAAGUGCAAUUCUAAAAAAAGGACUUGCGCUUUGUGAUUGACGGCCUUGUGCAGUAGUACAUAUUGCUUCUAUGUUGAAAUCCUGUGAUUCAGAUAUCGGACACGCAACUGCUGGAAGCGCUGGACAAGCGCCUAGCCGGACACAAGCACUACACGUCACGACAACUCGCAGCCACUGACAAGAAGCUCAAACACUCAGUCGAUUUUCGCAUCACUCAUUAUGCUGGUGACGUCACAUACGCGAUAACGGGUUUCAUGGACAAGAACAAGGACUCCUUAUGGCAAGACUUAAAGCGGCUGCUUUACAAUUCUACCAACAAGUCCUUGUCCGACAUGUGGCCGGAGGGGGGCACUAAUAUACAGAAGACGUCGAAGCGGCCGCCGUCCGCCGCAACGCUGUUCCGCAACUCCAUGGCCUCGCUGGUGACCGGCCUGCAGAGCAAGGAGCCCUUCUACGUUCGCUGCGUCAAGCCCAACCCGCUGCAGUCGCCCAACGCCUGGGACCAGCAGCUGGUGCGGCACCAAGUGGCGUACCUGGGCUUGGUGGAGAACGUGCGCGUGCGGCGCGCCGGCUUCGCGUCGCGCCAGCGCUACGACCGCUUCCUUAAGCGGUACAAGAUGCUGUCGCAGUACACCUGGCCUAACUUCCGCGGCUCCAACGACAAGGACGCCGUCAUGGUGCUGUUGCGGGACCUGCAGAUCACGGACGUGCAAUUCGGCCACACCAAACUCUUUAUCAGGAGCGCCAAGACGCUGCACGGGCUGGAGGCGGCCCGCGCCGAGCUGAUCCCGUCCAUCGUCGUGCUGCUGCAGAAGCUGUGGCGCGGCACGCUGGCGCGCACGCGCUUCCGCAAGAUGAAGGCCGCGCUCGUCAUCUACAACGCCUGGAGACGCUACCGCGCGCGACGCUACCUGUCGGAGCUGCAACGCGAGCUGCAGCGCGGCCGAGGGCUCAUCCAGCGCUGGCCCGUGCCGCCCCGAAAGCUCAACGUCUCCAUCGUGCAGGGGGCGUACCGGCGCUGGCGCGCCUACCUGACGCUGAAGCCCAUCCCGCGCGAGCAGUGGCCGCAGCUGAAGAUGAAGAUCUGCGCCGCCAGCGCGCUGCGCGGCCGCCGCCCGCAGUGGGGGCAGGGCCGCCAGUGGCUGGGCGACUACCUGGCCGACGACAAGUACAACGCCAAGUCAGCCCUUUACAAAGCCUCAAUAGUCUCCCUCCAAAAGUCACAACAAAUCGGCAAGCCUAUGUUCUCGUGCAAGAUACAUAAGUUCAAUCGAUACAACAAGUUGGCCGACCGCUGCUUACUAGUCACCGAAACGGCUGUCUUCAAGCUCGAUAGCAACAGCUUUAAGCCGCUUAAGAAACCAACACCAAUUACUGAGGUGGGCGCCGUGCGCGUGAUGAGCUCGGACGCGCAGCUGGUGGUGGUGAGCGUGCCCUCGGCCAAGAACGACCUGGUCGUGGGGCUGGUGGGGCAGACCGACCUGGUGGGCGAGCUGCUGGGGGUGCUGGCCAACAGAUACCGCAUGUUAACAGGUUCAGAACUGACAGUGGAAGUAGAAAGCGGGGCCACCACCCGCUGCAUCCUCGGCGGAAAGACCAGAGCUCUUCAGCUACCGUCCCCGACGAGCACGGCCACGCCUAUAUCUGGAGUCGUGCCCCCCUUCACGCAUGCGCACAACGUCAUCACGUACCACCCCGCUUCUGCUCGAGCGUAGAUCAGAGAUGAGGGUUGGAGUGAACUGCAGUGGAGGUACAUAUAUUGUGGGGCAGCGCGGCACUAUUGUGCUGCAUGGGUUUCGUAACAAAUGCGGCGUCGGUAUAGAUGCAGUUUAGAGUCCUUGAUUUACAUAAAAUCUUACGUGUAAUCAAGUCAAAAAGGACGUAUGAUUUGUGAAGGAAUCAGUAUGAAAGUACCGAAUCCUGAGUACCUAUACAGAUUUUUAGAAAAAAUUCAAAGUCAGUUUUUAAAUACUUCAAAGUACACCCAAACUGUACAAGGUGCUUAAUUGACAAAUGUAAAAGCCUAUAUAGAAAUUGUACAUGUAUAUAACAAAAUUUUAUAUACAGACUGCAGCACAUCAAGCUACACAUUAUUAGAUCUUUUUCCGUCGCCCUGGAGGCGAUAUUUGAACUAAAGUGUAUAAAGUGUAUACAGCUUGAUAUACUUUUGACUGUAUAAAUUCUAAGUUUCGAAAUAAGGAAAUGUGACCACGUUACUAUUCUAGAAAAUCGUCUAUUUCUAUUUUCAUCUUUCAAACUUUACGUAAGAAGAGUUUUCUCUAGCGGUCGCUCAGUCUGCAAUCGUUAAGU